GGAAGCUGGCGCUCGCUUUGCUUCAAGAGAGAGCAAAGGCCAAAGGAGAGGGGAGCAUAUCAUUUUUUCCAGCCUACCUAUCUGUAACCACAUACAUUUGCAGUUUUGCACUGCUGCGUGAUUGCAUCGAUCACCUCGUUAGGCGUAUGUCACAUACAGAUAAGGAGAAGAAAGUAGUGAAGACGCAGCAGGGAGGGCGGCGCCAUGGCGGAGACGGCGCUGGGCAUGGCCACCACACUGGUGGGCAGCGCGCUCAGCGUCGCCUCCUCAGCUGCAAGAGAGGAGAUGGGCCUGCUGCUUGGGGUGCAGGAUGACAUCUGGUUCAUCAGCGAUGAGCUAAAGAUGAUGCAAGCCUUCCUCAGAGCUGCUGACGGGGCGCGCGAGAACACUGGGGUGCUGAAGGCUUAUUUGGAGCUGAUCCGUGACUUGGCAUAUGACAUUGAAGACUGCCUUGAAGAGUUCAUGGUUUUCAUCAAGCACAAGAACCUUGUGCAGCAACUUCUAAGCUUGCGAGCACGUCACAGGAUUGCUGUCCAGAUACGGAUUCUCAAACAAAGAGUCCAGGAGGUGAGCCAAAGGAACCUGAGGUACAAUGCGAUCAAGCUCACACCGUCCACCUCCAGUAAUGUGACAGGUGACAUGGAGCUCAGUAGGAAUUUCACAGCUCUAAAUGUUGACGAAGCACAGCUUGUUGGUUUGGAUGAGCCAAAGAAGAAACUGAUGGAGUUAAUAGCCAAAUCGAAGGCACCCAUGGAGCAUACUGAAACCGACAAUGCCGGUCCAAGAGUGGUAUCCCUUGUUGGGAUGGGUGGCAUUGGAAAGACAGCUCUAACGAAGAAGGUGUAUGAUAGCAAGGAUAUCAGAGAAAUGUUCAGCACCCGUGCUUGGAUCACAGUGUCGCAGUCAUUUGACCAAAUGGAGCUUUUUAAGGAGAUGAUCUUGCAGCUCUUUGGGGCUGAGUCAUGGGAUAGGCUCUUAAAAGAUCAUCAAGGGCAGGUGCCGGAGGUACACCUCGCUGACUACCUAUCAAGAAGACUUAAGGAGACAAGGUACCUUAUUGUUUUGGAUGAUGUUUGGACCAUUGAUGCAUGGAAUCGCAUUAAGAUUACUUUCCAAGAUGGUGGCAAGGAUGAUAGUUGUGUAGUAGUGACUACACGGAAUGGCAAAUUAGCUGAAUACUGCAGUCCUCCAUCAAAUAUCCACCACCCUGAAUUCUUAGGGAAAGAAGAGGCUACAACCUUGUUUCUGAAGAAGACAAAUAAAAGUCUUGAUGACCUGGAGAAAGAUAAAAACACUAAAGGGAUAGUUGAAAAAAUACUGAACAAAUGUGGAGGAUUACCACUUGCCAUUCUGACAAUUGGAGGCCUCCUUGCCAAUAAGGAUACAAAGGAGUGGAAGAGUAUAUACAGGCAACUCCCCUGGGAUCUUGCUACCAAUCCAAGCCUUGAUUCCCUAAGGCGAGUUGUUAGUCUUAGUUACAGCCACCUGCCUUCUCAUCUCAAGCCUUGCUUCUUACAUCUCAGCAUCUUUCCUGAAGAUUUUGAGAUUGAAAAGAAACACCUAGUGAAUAGGUGGGUAGCUGAAGGGUUUGUAGCAGAUGACUCAACUACAAGAACACUUGAAGAAGUUUCUGAAAAUUACUUCUAUGAACUCAUCAGCCGGUGCAUGAUUCAACCAUCUAAGUUAGAUAAUCUUGGAAAUGUGAAGACAUGCAGAAUUCAUGACAUUGUGCAUGAUAUUGCAGUGUCAAUCUCUAGGCAGGAGAACUAUGCAGCCAUUCCUGGAGGAGACACAUCCACCAUGUCCAGAAGAAUAAGCAUCCGGCAUUUAUCAUACUUUGCUAGCAAGAAGCUGGAUUUAGGUAUGGACUUAAGCCGUGUUCGUUCUUUUACUCUGUUCAGCGAACCUCUGGAUCCCAUAGCAUUUUUAUGUUCAUCCAAAUUCAAGAUGUUGAGGGUUCUGGAUCUAAAAAAUUCUCAAUUCCUAGCAAGGCAACGAGACAUAAAAAACUUAGCAUUGCUAUUACAUUUGAAAUACGUGCAUUUUACUGGUUCAUAUGUGUAUGCACUUCCAAGAUCUAUAGGAAACUUGCAAGGCUUGCAAACACUGGAUAUAAGAAGAUCAAAUAUUUCAACCCUGCCAUCAGAAACCACUAAACUUCAUAAUCUUCGUAGCCUUCGGUGUAGCAGGGCACCAGAUCGUUCGUAUGAUCGUAUAACUCAAGAUGGAGAAUGCUUGAAGGUUGUCUUAGAAUUGAUAUUGUCAGGUGAACAUGAUGAUUAUAGUGAUGAAAUUGCCAACCUGCAUAUGGGCAUGUCUAGUUGUUGGUCUAGUUCAUCUGGCAUUAAGGUGCCAAAAGGAGUGGGAAGUUUAAAACAGUUACAAAUACUAGAGGAAGUGGAUAUUAAGAGAACAAGUAGGAAAGCAAUUAAAGAGAUAGGGGAACUAACUCAGCUCAAGAAAUUAGUUGUCACAGGGAAAGGGGCCUCCAAGAAAAAGAGCAAAGCAUUCUCUAAGGCGGUAGAGAAGCUAUCCUCCCUCCGUUCCUUCAGUGUGGGUACUAACGAGAUAGAUAAAGUUGAUGAGAUGGAUUUGUUGGUUUCUUUUGCAUUCCCUCUCCCCUCUCUUGAGAGGCUGAAAUUGAAGGGCCGCCUUGAGGAGAUACCUGCUUGGGUAGGUAAAUCUGUGAACCUGGUGAAGAUUGACUUGCAAUACUGUAAGCUGAAGGAUUUGAAGGCCUUGGCCACCGAACCGCCCAAUCUGAUGCAACUUCGACUUUAUGAAGAUGCAUACAGUGCAGAUAAAUUAGAGUUCGACAGGCAUGAGUUCCCAAAUUUGAGAUUCCUACACCUACAGCUUGGUUAUACAGCGGCACUGAGGGAGGUGACAUUUGUGGAGAGCAGCACGCCCAAUAUGGAAAGGAUAAGGAUUGAGAAUUCCAAGCUGGCAUCAGGGAUCAAUGGUGUAAAGCACCUUCGCAAACUCAAGGAGCUGUAUAUUUGGAGUUGUACAUUGGCGAAGCACGAUAUCUUACGAGAGGAUGUUAACAAACACACGAAUCGCCCUGCGCUGCAAAUACUGGACUGCAAUCAUACAAGCCCUGAAGAGUCUGAGGUGAAGGUGGAAGUUACGGAGUCCAUUUCCGAACCAGGGGAGAGCUCGCAGUCUUGAUCUGCCUUCAUCCAGCCACCGUCUUCGUCAUCCUCGAGAAUCCACGACAGGUCAGCCCCUGCUUCUGCACAUCGUCGUCGACAUGCUCCCUUCAGGAUCAUCACUCUGUUCAUCAAUGGCAAGUAUUCCUGCUGUGAGAACUGCUUUAUCAAUUCGUAUUAUUGUGCCUUGUGCUUGCGUGCUCUUUGUGUGUAAUAAUCUGGCCACCAGACUUGUUGUAUUUCACUGGAUGUUUGAUGUUUUAACGUAAUAGCUACAAUUGUUCUUAUGUCUGUAUGUAUGUGCAUGCUGUUAGUGUCUCAGUGACGCUUGGCCUUGUGUGUACGUAGAAGUGUAACCAACCGGCAAAUUAUUUGUAAAUGGAACCUAUCCACUUUAUCCGCUUAACCCCUUGAAUAAAGUUUUGACUCACUUUA